GAAGGUUUGGCUGAAUGGACCUGGUUCUGUCCCGGUUCUAUCAGACCAGAGUUGAAUUUGUCAGAAAAUCCGAACCUUAAGGGGUCCAGAACUAGACCCUCCCUCAGAGUCCGGGUUCCGGAGCCCACGGGCCGCUCGGUACCUGCUGUUGGGUGAGGAGGAGCGUGUUCGGGUGGCCCGGCCGGCUGCGUGGGGCGGGGUCUCAGUCAGACCUGUUGUCCCUCCUGGACUCUGCUGGUUCUCUGGAUCCACCGAACUUCUCUCUGGAUAUUUGGACCCUGAAGGACCCAGAACCAGACCUCUUCGUCCAGGUAAAGAGGAGCUGCCAUGUUGGCCUCCUCCAUCUCCUCAUCAGUCCUCCUCCUCCUCCUCCUCCUCCUCCCCCCCUCCCACUCUGCAGACGACUCCAUCCAGCGGGUCCAGCUGGAUGGCUCCCCCCUCUCCCACCUGCUGCUGGACCCGGGGGCGGGGCGUCUGUAUGUGGGCGGAGUCGACCACCUGUAUCAGCUGACGCCUGACCUGGAGGUGGUGUCGGAGGUUAGGACCGGCCCUGAGCUGGACUCCCCGGACUGCCUCCCCCCUAUCAAUCAUCACGACUGCUCCUCAGCCACGCCCACUCAUAACCACAACAAGCUGCUGCUAAUGGAGCGGGGGCAGGGGGCGGAGCCAGGGAGCCUGAUCGUCUGUGGCUCCCUGUUCCAGGGGAUCUGUGAGAAGCGGAGUCUGUCCAACGUCUCUCAGCUCAUCUACCGGACCUCCAACCCCGUCGACACUCAGUACGUGGCGGCCAAUGACCCCCGAGUCUCUACGGUCGGCGUGGUGAUAACCGUCCAGAACAAACAGGAGGGGGCUGCGGCCGGCGGCGAGCUGCAUCUCAUGCUUGUCGGUAGAGGCUACACCAGCAGGGGUCCCGGGGACAUCCCGCCAAUCACCACCCGCCGCCUGCACCCGGUGACUCCGCCCCGCAGAGCCUUCUCCCAGGAGGAGGAGCUUGGAAAACUGGUGGUGGGAAGUUACUCCGAGUACAGCAACCACUUUGUGAAGGCGAUCGUCCACGGCGAUCACGUCUACUUCUUGUUCUCCCGACGGGACAUGCGACAUAAGAAGGAGUACCGCACGUACGCCUCGCGGCUCUGCACCUCCGACCGCAGCUUCUACUCCUACGUGGAGGUGCCGCUGCUCUGCCGCGAGGGAUACAACCUGGCCCAGGGGGCGUGGCUCGGAAACGUCUCUGGUAGACCAGCGCUGUUUGUUGCCAUGGCAGCAGGGCAGGCGUCCACGCCUGUAGCGACGAGCCGCUCCGCGCUCUGUAUCUAUGGGAUGACGGAGCUGGACGCCAUGAUGCGGCGAGCGCAGGAAGUGUGCUACACGAAGGAGGGGCGAGACGACGGAGGGCAUGAAGUGGCGUACAUCGAGUACUACGUGUCGUCGAAGUGUCUGAAGCUGCCGAAGGACUCUCUGUCUGAGUACCCCUGUGGGGGGGAACACACCCCCAACCCCAUCGCCAGCGCCGUGCCCCUUGGAGUUCCGCCCACCGUCACCCUGGAGACCCAGCUGACUUCUGUUACCACAGCAACGGAGGCUGGACUCACCAUCGCCUUCCUCGGAGAUCGAGAAGGACGUCUGCACAAGGUGUUGGUGCGCUCUGAUUGGUCUGGUGAACUCUACGGCAGCCUGUUGGUGGACGAGGGCGGAGCCAUAGGUGCUGACCUCCUAUUGGACGAGAGCCAGCAGCAUCUUUAUGUUUUGACCGAGGAGCGGGUGUCAAAGGUUCCCGUUUCGUUCUGUGAGAGACAGACGGACUGCCAGUCCUGUCUGUCCAUCAGAGACCCUUACUGUGGCUGGUGUGUCCUGGAGGGAAGGUGUUCCCGUAAACAUGAGUGUGAGCGUCACCUGCUGGCCAACCAUUGGCUGUGGAGCUUUGAACAGACCAAUCAGUGCGUCACAGUGCAGAGCCUGCAGCCGGCCAAUCAGAGCAGAGAGGAGCAGACUCAGGUAUAAGGAGCUGUGGGGUCAUGAGGUUGAAGCCU